AUGCGGGUCAUAAGGUUCCUCAGGGAGAGGGCCCUGGGCAACAGCCCUUCUCGCUUAGUGAGGCAGCUGCGGGAGAACCACAGCGAAGAGUGGCUGAAGCGUCUUUGCCGAUACCUUGGUGCCUGCUCAGACUUCACCUCCCAGCCAAGCCUGCUCCCUGUGAGAUUUCAGGAGCCACCUGAGUCUGAAACUAUCCCCUCCCACAGGUGGAUGCUGGCUGUUUAUGGGCGAGAUAUCUUGUGCAGGAUUGACCACAUUAAAGCCAGCAUAACGUCCACAUAUGGAUGCAUCCUGAAGAUGGACUCCACCAAAAAGAUCACAAAGAAGCUGUCGGGGUUUGCAAAGGGGACAGCAUUGUGGCUAACAUCUGUCAGCAAUGAGGUGGGCCAAAUCCUCAUUAGUGUUCUGACAGCUCAGGAGGGUCCAGCCCUGGACCGAAUGGCAGCUGACCUCAUCCGGAGGUACACUGAUGCAGGUGUGGCUCCGCCUCAGCUCCUUUAUGUGGACUGCGACUGCUGUCGGGAGGGCACUGGGCAGACCAAGCUCAAGCAGCGAUUUGGUGGGUGGCCAGACUUGGUGGUGAAGCUGGACAUCUACCACUUCAUGCGGCGACUGGCAGCUGGGUGCACUAAGGAUGCACAUCCUCUUUACCCCAUUUUAAUGGCACGCAUGUCUUCCUGUAUUUUUGAAUGGGACAGUGGGGAUGUGUCUCUGCUGAGGCAGGCCAAGAGGGAGCAGCUGAGACAUGAAGGUAUCCCUAACAUCACCGACAAUAUGGUGGAUCAACGGAUCACCAAGGAGGAAUUGGCCCUGCACUGCCGAAGGCGGACAAGAGGAGAGAAGCAGACCAUCUUGAUGAUUGAGCACCUCCUCAGUGAGCUGAUGGGGGUAAAGGGUCGAGACCUUCUUGGUGUCCCUCUUUUGGACCAGCAGAGGAUGCAGAACAUCUGGCAACUCCAGAAGAAGCACGUAACGUGAUUCAGGACGAACCAGGUGUGCUGCUCUACACACAGACCGGCACCACCACCAAAAAUGGUAUUGUGCUGCCAAAUUACAGAUGUGCAAGGGGCUCCACAUCACUGGAGUCCUUUCAUCUCCAUCUGAACAGGUUCAUUCCAGGAACAAGUGCCAACAGCUUGAAUUUCCAGCUGUACCUCCUGGAAGGCCCGAACAGAUGGAAUCAAGACCGUAAAAUGGCAUCUCUGGCAGGCAAACCUCCAUCCAUGUUAAGCUACUCCGGGGACCUGAUGCACUGUGUCAACACCCAAAGUGUUAAGGUACUUGGAAGAGAGCUUGCACCAUCUUUUCAGCCACCAU